AUGAUGGCUUCGACACAUACACCCUCAGCCCUGCCGUCUGACUCUGUGGCCGGUGACGUCGCCAAGCUGGCCGCCGCCGCCGCCGCCGCUUCUCAGGCAGCAGAAUCGGCAGAAGCAGAGGCCUACGAAAAGACGCAUGUUCACGGUGUGUACGAAGCCAUCGCCCCGCACUUUUCGGCGACACGCUACAAGCCCUGGCCUGCCGUGGCAUCGUUUCUGCAGUCGCGGCCUCCGGGAGCGGUGGGUCUCGAUGUUGGCUGUGGCAAUGGCAAGUACCUGGGCCUAAACCCAUCCGUAUACAUGGUCGGCUCUGAUCGUAGUGCUUCGCUUGUUGCGCUUGCCCACAGCCGUGGGAUGCAGCUCCAGGAACCGCAGGCCCAGGAGGCGAAGAAGCGGAUCGCUCAAGGUGAGCUGGACGCAACAACAGGAACAGGCGGGGAGUCGAGUGGAGCUGCCGUCGCCACAGAGGUGCUUGUAGCUGAUGGACUCUCACUACCCUUCCGCGAACGCGCUGCGGAUUUCGUCAUCUGUAUCGCCGUUAUCCACCACAUGUCAACAAGAACAAGGCGUCAAGAGGCGAUCCGUCAUCUCCUGCGAUGUGUCAGAACCGGACAGGCUGGCCAGCCCGGCGGUCAAAUCUUGGUGUACGUAUGGGCUCUCGAACAGGGCAACAGCCGGCGAGGAUGGGACGAAGGGGGUGAGCAAGAUCUGCUAGUGCCCUGGGUGCUCAAGAGUCAGCAAAAACAGCCCAAGCGACCGAAACAACGCAAAGGACAGAAACGGACUCGGGACCAAGAUUCCAGUGGUGUUGCUGCCAGUAAUAAUAGCGGUGAGGCUCCACCAUCUGAGGCUACUGCCGGUGCAACUACUGCGGCCACGGAACCAGACCCGGGCCACACCGACCCCGUCUUCAAGCGCUACUAUCAUCUCUACCGCAAAGGUGAGCUGGAGGAGGAUGUAUUGGCUGCCGGGGGCGCAGUCAUCACCAGCGGUUACGAAAGAGACAACUGGUGGGUGGUGGCUGCCAAUGAGCCCCUCCCAUCACAGUCAACAUGA